UUAGGAGCCGGAGUUUUUUCCCUUUCCUGCUCCGAGCUGGUCACAGCGACCGCGAGGAGCCGCUGGGCGGGAAAAUGGCUGCCGCCGGCGGAAGAGGGCACUGCCCUACCCUACCCCAAGAUGGCCGCCACGCCGCCCCCUUCAGGCACGUACGGCGUUGUGACGAACUUCCUGCGCGGCGCUGGCGCGGCCCCGCUCUCCUCCCUCCGCCCGGUCCCCCCGGGGCGGCAGCGGCCUUGGGGGUCCCGCCGUGAGGAGCCGCCCGGGGGGCAGCGAGGCGGAGGUCGGCUUCCCGUCACGGUUCUCGGAAACCGCGUCCCUAGAGCGCCCCGCAGCUGGAUCAUUUAAUCCAUUCACGGUAAUUUAAUCAGCCAAUACUUUGAAUAAAAAGGAAAAAAUGAUGUCAAGACAGGCCUUUCUCUGCAGCUUGGGAUCUCUGUAUUUGUCCCUUCUGUUUGUCUUUCUUCUAAUGGAUGUUUAUGCACGGCCUGCAAAUAAUUCGGCCCUCAAAGAAAAGCCAGCUGACAGUAAAGAUGAGAAUGAGAUCUUGCCCCCGGAUCACUUGAACGGGGUCAAAAUGGAGAUGGAUGGACAUCUUAACAAAGAAUUUCAUCAAGAAGUUUUUCUAGGAAAAGAGAUGGAAGAGUUUGAGGAAGAUUCUGAACCCAGAAAAAAUAGGAAGAAACUCAUGGUCAUCUUUUCGAAAGUGGAUAUAAAUAAUGAUAAAAAGAUAGGUGCAAAAGAGAUGCAGCGCUGGAUCAUGGAAAAGACAGAUGAGCAUUUCCAGGAAGCUGUGGAGGAGAAUAAAAUGCACUUCCGAGCUGUGGACCCUGAUGGUGAUGGCCGUGUGUCCUGGGAUGAAUAUAAAAUUAAAUUUUUGGCAAGUAAGGGCUUCAAUGAAAAAGAGAUUGCAGAGAAGAUCAGAAACAAUGAAGAGUUGAAAAUAGAUGAAGAAACACAGGAAGUUUUAGAUAACCUGAAGGAUCGAUGGUACCAAGCUGACAACCCACCUCCUGAUCUGUUGUUGAAUGAAGAAGAAUUCUUGUCCUUUCUUCAUCCAGAGCAUAGUAGGGGAAUGCUGAAGUUCAUGGUGAAAGAAAUCAUCCGAGAUUUGGAUCAAGACGGAGAUAAGAAACUUACCCUUUCAGAGUUCAUUUCAUUACCUGUUGGUACUGUAGAGAACCAGCAAGCUCAAGAUAUUGAUGAUGACUGGGUAAAAGAUAGAAGGAAGGAGUUUGAGGAGGUCAUUGAUGCUAACCACGAUGGUAUUGUCACAAUGGAAGAGCUGGAGGAAUAUAUGGAUCCUAUGAAUGAAUACAAUGCCCUAAAUGAAGCAAAGCAAAUGAUAGCAGUAGCAGAUGAAAAUCAAAACCAUCACUUAGAGCUGGAGGAGAUCCUGAAAUACAGUGAAUACUUCACAGGCAGCAAGCUUAUGGACUAUGCACGUAAUGUCCAUGAGGAGUUUUGAUCCUGCUCGCUUUUCCAGAGCUCCGAAGCACUUUUUUGCUUUCAAAAAAAAAAAUAAAUUAAAAAAAAAAAGGCAAAAAAACAUCCAACCCUCAAACAGACAGAAGUUACUUUGCUGCUAUCUAUGUUAUAUGCCUACAGUGUGUUGUCCUAGACUUAAAAAAACUUCCGUCCAUACAUAAGGUCUACAGCUCUGUUGCCUUCAGUGUGAGGGGGGGAAAAAAAAGGUUCAUAAAUAAUGGGGCAGGUACUGGAAUAGAUCAGUUUGCCCUGGUUUGUACAGUUAAUCCAGCUGAAGCUUCAGCUGCUUUUCACUAAUCUUAUUUGGUGGAGACUUUUAAAAUAUUUAACUCUUCCUGUUGCCCUCAUAGCUGCUGAUCCAUGGAAAUCACAAAUAACACUGAAAGAAGUUGGGUUUUGCAAAGGGGAUUGUGGUUCAAAUAUGUAUGUUCUGACCUCAUGAGAAUAUCCAUACAUAGACUGAUUGGCUAAUCUUACAAUACUUUUCUCAAUUUAUCUCAACCUACUUAGUUACUGUUGAGAAUUUAAUAACGAGUUCUCCUUCCAUCGCUGAACUAUAUUUAGGAGCUGUGGGGAAGAGCUUGGUUUAAAUGUUACAGAGAAACUCUUCUGUACCUACUUUAAAAAGAAAACUGGUUAUGGUGUGCCAGGUUUUGUGUUUGCAGCUGCAAUGGGAAUGUGAGAGACUUGAGAUUCAUUAUGUCUUAAAAAAAUUGUUUCCUCUGAAAUGAAACAAUGGGGAAGUUUGUGGUCUUAAAGAUGUUGGACAAAGAAAUGGGAUUCACCUAGGUGUACAAUUACUACUUAACUAAAAUUUGUUGUUAAGACUAGUAUAAUUACUUGCCUCUGCAAAUCGAUGAUGGUGAUGAACUCAUAAAUGAUGAAGCUGGGGGAAAUACAGGCUUUGCUUUUGAACUGCUUUUGCCAGAGCAAUGUAUUUGGGAAGCUUUUUAAUCAGUCUGAUUUUGGGUAAUCUCCAAAAGCAUCUUGUAACACAAGGGUCAUAUCCACUACUGUCUAAAAUAGAAAACUUAUUUUUACUCUGAUUCCAUCUUUACUGUAAAAACCCCUCUUUCUGAAGGGUUGCCUGAAAAUCCAAGUGAGAUGUUAUAUUUGAUUAAAUUUAUUCUCUUAAUAUAAUGUAAAUAUAA